AUGGCCAUGCGCUGCACAUGUAGCCAGCCCUGCACGAGAGGGAGCGCGGAGAGGGGAGGAGGGUGGGGAGAGGGGUGGGGAGGGGAUGGGUGGUGGAUGGGUGGUGGAUGGGUGGUGAAUGGGUGGUGGAUGGGUGGUGGAUGGGUGGUGGAUGGGUGGUGGAUGGGUGGUGGAUGGGUGGUGGAUGGGUGGUGGAGGGGUGGUGGAUGGGUGGUGGAUGGGUGGUGGAUGGGUGGUGGAUGGGUGGUGGAUGGGUGGUGGAUGGGUGGUGGAUGGGUGGUGGAUGGGUGGUGGAUGGGUGGUGGAUGGGUGGUGGAUGGGUGGUGGAUGGGUGGUGGAUGGGUGGUGGAUGGGUGGUGGAUGGGUGGUGGAUGGGUGGUGGAUGGGUGGUGGAUGGGUGGUGGAUGGGUGGUGGAUGGGUGGUGGAUGGGUGGUGGAUGGGUGGUGGAUGGGUGGUGGAUGGGUGGUGGAUGGGUGGUGGAUGGGUGGUGGAUGGGUGGUGGAUGGGUGGUGGAUGGGUGGUGGAUGGGUGGUGGAUGGGUGGUGGAUGGGUGGUGGAUGGGUGAUGGAUGGGUGGUGCAUGGGUGGUGCAUGGGUGGUGCAUGGGUGGUGCAUGGGUGGUGGAUGGGUGGUGGAUGGGUGGUGGAUGGGGGGUGGAUGGGUGGUGGAUGGGUGGUGGAUGGGUGGUGGAUCACAGAGCACAACACGAAGCAAGCAUCUCCCUCCCACCAUGGCCAUGCGCAUGUAGCCAUGCCCAACCCGUUCUCCACCACCACCACCCUUCCCCCCACUUCCCCUCCCCCUUUUCCUCGCCUCCACCCUGUCAAUCAAGCCCAUGAUCCACUUCAGGCCAUCACACCCGAAUUGCGGAUGAUCCAGUAG